AUGAUGUAUUCUUCCAAACACUUGAUCCUCCCGCUGCUAUUGGUGGUAACGAUUUUGAGCAGUGGUGUCUCUGGUCGCCGCCUCACCGGUCCGUGUAACAUUCCCCUCGAUCCUGACACUCAUGAUUCCGAGCAUCGAUCCUGUAUUCAAGCCUGUCUGGGCAAACUGCACCGAGUGGAACAGUCCUUUGUGUGCGAUAUCUCGGCGGACUGGAUGCAUCAUGUGGGUGGAACCAACCAGUGGUAUCCAGCAACACCACCCAAGGGCACAGGCGUUCAUGAAUACGUGGCCUACACCGGAACUCCACCUUGUCGCCAAAAUGGACACUGCGUCGGAUGCGGUGCUAACUUUGUAUCCGGCAAACGACUUUGUUCCAUUUUUAUUGAUCCAGAGGAUUGCUCUGUCACUUGCGAUGAAACCUCCACCUUGAUGGAAUCAGGCCUGACGGAUUUCUGA